AUCACCUCCACACAGAUGUCGGCUGCGCAAGCGUAUCUUGAAGGCAAAACCAGCGUCAACCAAGUAACCCAACAACUGGCCACCCAUGUCGAAGCCGCCCCUACGCCAGUCGAACUAAAAGUGCGUCUAGACAGUCUCUGGGAAUUUCUAAACGACACUGCCGUUGCCCUUCCUGCAGCUCAAGAGCCCAUUAUCACGUUGCUCAAGGCAAUCAAAACGCUACCCCAAGGCCCCGAGCCCGAAGGCGAGGGUAAAGAGCACAUCGAUCUAGAUGAUGGAGAGUACUGGAAAGAACUCACAGGCUGGGCAAAUAUCUGGGCCGACAAUUUCAACAGCUACGCCGUCAACCACUCGCGCGAUACAAGUGGUAGCCAAGACCGAACAAAAGAGCAGAAAGAGAAAGUCACAAAGUGGAAAAAUGCUUGUGAAUAUGGUGCACGCCUGAUUGGGACUGGUGAUGAGGCGCUUGCAUCGUAUGGCGCAGGCAUUGAGCGGGCUGCAUGGGCUAUUGCGUCGGGGCUGGAAGUUGAUGUCAGCGAGAAACCGGAUCCGGAUGGCCUUGAAGCUGCUGCACAGGUAUUCCUGCACGCAAAAGAGGCUUUGUACAGUCGCUGUAAAGAGGGCCCCAAGGAGGGUAUAGUGAAGGAUAAAGCCAGUGUAUGGAAGGGUGAGAAUAGCUUCACUCUGGAGCGCUGGGCAUUCUGGAAAGAGCAGUGGAAGGCCGUUACUCGGAACGAGAGCAUUCCUGCUCAUACUCGUGGUGUUGCUGAGUCGGCUAUCCAGGCUAUGGAAGGUAUCGAGGGGUAAUUUGUGUUGAGGUUAAAUUGAUACGAA